AUGCUCCUCUUGCUCUCUCUGACCGUCUUCUUCUCUGUGGGUUUCUCCAUGGAGACGAACCAGACCUCCAAGCUGCUGGCGGAGAGCGGGGAGCAAUGCUCGGCCUGCGACUUCAGGGAGCACAGCAAGCAGAUGAGGCUCCACAGCAUCAAGUCCCAGAUCCUCAGCAUCCUGCGGCUCGAGCAGGCGCCCAACAUCAGCCGGGACAUGAUCCGCCAGCUUCUGCCCAAAGCGCCUCCUCUGACGCAGCUCCUGGACCAGUACGACCCGCGGGUGGAGGACGAAGAUCACGCCACGACGGAGACCAUCAUCACCAUGGCGACCAAGCCCAAUCCCAUUGCCCAGGACGAGCUGUCCUCCUGUUGUCUGUUCAGCCUCAGUCCAAAGAUCCAGCCCAAAAACAUCCUGAGCGCUCAGCUGUGGGUUUACCUGCGGCCGGCCGACAUGGUCACCACCGUCUUCCUCCAGAUCUCCCACCUCAAACCUGGAAAGGAGGGAAACAACACCCGUGUCCGCGUCCGCUCCCUGAAGAUCGACACCGACGCCGGCGCCAGCUCCUGGCAAAGCGUCGACAUCAAGUCUCUGCUGCAGGCUUGGCUGCGUCAAACAGAGACCAACUACGGCAUCGAGAUCAACGCCUACGACUCCAGAGGAGAAGACCUGGCUGUCACCUCUGCAGAGCCCGGAGAGGAAGGACUGCAACCAUUCAUUGAAGUGAAGAUCCUCGACAGCCCUAAGAGAUCCCGUCGUGACUCUGGCCUCAACUGCGAUGAGGAAUCUGCAGAGACGCGCUGCUGCCGCUACCCGCUGACCGUCGACUUUGAGGAGUUCGGCUGGGACUGGAUCAUCGCGCCCAAACGCUACCGGGCCAAUUACUGCUCGGGGGAGUGUGAGUUCAUGCACCUGCAGCAGUACCCGCACGCACACCUGGUGAACAAGGCCAACCCACGGGGCACUGCGGGGCCCUGCUGCACACCCACCAAGAUGUCGCCCAUCAACAUGCUCUACUUCAACCGCAAGGAGCAGAUCAUCUACGGAAAGAUCCCGUCCAUGGUGGUCGACCACUGCGGCUGCUCCUGAGGGAACCCGGGCA